CGUAUCCCGCUAUCCUAGAUUUCCCGUAGGUCCGCUCCAAGAACUCCUUCUGCCUGCCUAGUUUGUUUCACAGUCGGUAGGGAAGAGUAAGUAUCCGUUGAAGAGACUUCAUUCUUUCUUCCGGUGUCGUCGGCUCUAAAUCUGAAAUGGAAAACACAUGAGGUUCCGGGGAGCCCGAGUGGUCGUACCUUGUUCAGUGUAUCCCGCGAAGCUAUCCGAUUCCGCUCUUCGGUCCGCGGAAGCAGGAAUGGCUUGAGGCAGCGGGAGCUCUCAGCCCGACCUUCUGGUUCUAGACGCAACAUGCUUCUCCAAACUAUAGCGUGCGCCGCUUUGGCUGGCAUUGCUUUCGGAAAGUCUGCAGCUGAUGCCAUGAUGGACAACGUUCUCAAGGACAUGUCAAUUCAGACCGGAGAUGCCGGAUUGGAUCCCGCCUUUCUCGACCCAUUCGCGCUCAGCGUGAAAGCAGGUACUCCCAAGCUGGAUUUCGAGGCAAAUUUCACUCAGGUCACUCUGUUCGGUCUCGGGGAGCUGGAGCGGCGCGGCAACUGCGAAUACGGAUUUUCCGGUGGUGACUUGAAAAUGGCUUGCUAUGUCUCCUUGGACCACCUUUGUGCGCUGACGCGUGCUGAAGUUAAGGGCGACCAGAGCGACGAAUUCGCGCACAGUAUCUCGACUUCGUCAGAUGCACCCAAGAGCUUCCUCCGAAUCAAGUUCGCAGGAGGCCCCGGCACCCCGGCAAGGCUCCUUCCUAUGACAAUUGGUCCGAUACAGCUGACCACCACGUUGACGCAAGGGAAUGUCAACCUCGACCCAACCCACUUCUAUGAUUUCCAGACACUCGCCGGCAGGAAAAUCGCACAAGAAGUUGUCCGAAUCCUCGCGGGGAAAUACAGCAGUAUUCUCCAGGAUGUCGCAAGCCGCUAUCGUAUGCCAUAAACCUGUACGCGUGGCGUGGGUGGCUGACCCGGGCCCCUGUUCGGGGAUAAUUUAGUGUGCGCUCAAUGUCGUUGCUUUAUUUAAUGAAAUUUUCUGUCACUUCUCGGGAAGGGAGUUGUGAUCAAA